AUGACACAGACAAAUCAAAGUCUAGGCACAGAGUUUGAUGGCGUUUGGACUGGUGAUGAGGAGCUAUGGGACAACAACAUAUCAACUGAUUAUGAGCCGAGGGCCUUGUGCCCUUUGAAAGGAACAGUGAAGAACGAUGACUUUCUCAGGCAACACUUUAACUUCAACAUUUCCGUGCUGCAGUCGGCUGGGAGCUUCAGCCAAUCGGAGUGGGAGCGAUUGACAAAGUAUAUGCCCCCAUAUGGCUGGAAGGGCAUACCUGAGGAUGUGGUUAGAUCCACUCUGGCCCUGCUCAACGAUUCAUCCAGUAGCCGCCUGUUUGAGCGCCGGUGGCCUGGUCAGUGUGUUCGCUGUGCCGUGGUGGGAAACGGUGGUAUCCUGCGAGGCUCCAAACAAGGCAGGGCCAUUGACAACCACGACUUUGUCUUCAGGGUAAAUGGGGCGAUAACUAGGCACUUUGAGGAGGACGUGGGCACAAAGACGUCUUUCUAUGGGUUCACCACAAACACUAUGAAGCAUUCCCUGUUAUUAUACAGAAAAGAGGGUUUCACCAAUGUCCCUCAGGGGCAGAGUGUCCGAUACAUCUUCAUUCCGUCCGACCAACGUGACUAUGUGAUGCUGUCAGCUGCUAUCCUGGGACUCAAGGUCACCUCUGGCCAUGACAGGGGGGAUUGGCCAUCUCAAUACUUUGGGCUCAGGACACCUAUUCAGCACUUCAAAAUUCUUCAUCCAGAUUUCAUUACAUAUGUGACACAAAGGUUUUUGAAAUCCCACCUGCUGAAGUCAAAUUACAGUCACCUCUACAUGCCCAGCACUGGCGCCCUGAUGCUUCUGACCGCACUGCACAUGUGUGACCAGGUGUCUGCCUAUGGUUUUAUCACAAGAAACUUUGCAGACUUCUCGGACCACUACUAUGAUGCGGUGAAGCGGCCCCUGCGUUUCUAUGUCAACCAUGACUUGCAUAUGGAGAGCUGGUUGUGGGAGGUGCUGCAUGCACGCAAAGUGAUGACACUGUACAAGAGGACGAUGAAGAAACGAUGAAGAAACGAUGAAGACCGGGAAACUUUGGAACAAGCAGAACCCCCCCCCCCCACCCCCUGUGUUGCUAGGAGAGUUGGUCCUCCAGCCAUUUUUUUGUUUUGUUUUGGAAUAUCCUGUGUGGGCUGUCGAAAAAAUAAUGGUAUGCUGACCUGAAUGUAAAGUUGGAGUACAUUUCUCCACAAUAUGAAUAUCCUGGGUUAGAGAUUCUGCCUACCUCACAAAUUAAAAGGAACACUUAAAUAUUAUAAUGAAUAAUUAAUGCUUGAGGAUGUGUUUUUAAAAUAAAUGAUAGUUGUACAGUUUAUAAUUAAACAAGCCUGAGGGGUACACUGGCUACUUUUGAGUCAAGGAUGCUGAUUGGCUGAAUGAUGUGGAAUAUCUGACAUUUUGAACCAGAUGGUUUGGGCUGAGCAGCAGGGCAACAAACAUCUUCUGAAAAUGGGCUGGGACUUGGCUGUUUUGGAUUCAACAGGGAACUGGCUCCACCGCUUCGACUAGGACCAAGAAAAGCCUUUGAGCUGUCCUGUGUAGAAGACAAGAGACCUAAAGUGGUAGAACGAAGAGUUUGGGUAGGGAAGCACAGUUUGAGCAUAACCUGGAGGUAUGAAGGGGCAGUUGUCAUUGCUGCACAGUAGGACAAACAGUCAGUGGACAUUUUAUUAGCUGACACAUCAGGUACCAGGUCACACCUGUUUAUCUUCAGAACAGCUUGAAUUCUCCAAGGUGGCAGAAAUAUUCCACAGAGAUGUUGGUUCAUGCCUGCUAUGCUGACGUGAUGGCAUCACACAACUGCUGCAGAUUGGACUGCAGGACUUUGGUGUUGGAAUAAGCCUUCUCCAUCUUAUCCCAAACAUUCUCUUUUAGGUUGAGGUCUGGAGACUGAGCAUGGCACAAAAGUAAACCCGGAUUAGUACAGGUCAUUCAGCAAUGGGUUUCCACUCAACCAUCCAGUGUGCCCACAGGAGCUGUUUCUUUUAGUUUUUAGCUGAUCAUAGUGGAAACCGGUGAGAUGCUGUUCUCCUGAGAUGCAAAUCUGCCCUCCACUGUACUGUUUUAACCUGUUUGUGGCCUGCCUGUUUUUGACCUGCCUGUUUUGUGACCUGCCUGUUAGCUUGCAUGAUUCUUUCCCUUCUCUUGAGCUCUCUCAUUAGCUAUUUUUGCCCAGAGAACUGCGUCUGGCUUGAUGUUUUUUGUUUGUCACACCUACGUCUGAACCAUAGAAACUUGUGUGCACAAAAAGCCAAGGACGACGGACACUUCUGAGAUACUGGAACCGACACUCCUGGUACUAAUUAUCAUACCACACCCUAGUUCAAUUAGUUUAAUUAUUUUUGGCCAUUCAAAUUUUAUUUGAACAGUAACUGAAUGUCUUAAUGGCUAUUUGCCUGCUAUAUCAAUCCUCAGCCAUGUCACUUGUAACUACAUGUAGGAGCAAUCUAUUUCAUGAAAGGCGUGGUGUACAUAAUAAACCAACCACUGAGUGUAACUACAACAAUAAACAAUUAUUUAUUUA